AUGAGCGCCUCUUCGCUGCCAAUGAAUCAGAUGCCGCCAUUGGAAAGAUCUCCGUACCAGAGGCUAAGUCUUAGGAUGUUGGACAUUACCGGCGACGGCGGGGUGCUGAAGGAUGUCCUCCAAGAGGGCGCUGGAGACCUGGUGACCCCUGACGCUUCCGUGUUAGUGAAAUACUCUGGAUAUCUGGAGCACAUGGACAAGCCCUUUGAUUCUAAUUGUUUUAGGAAAACUCCUCGGCUCAUGAAACUGGGAGAGGAUAUCACGCUGUGGGGGAUGGAGCUGGGUCUUCUGAGCAUGCGGAGAGGAGAACUGGCUAGGUUUCUCUUCAGACCAGCCUACGCCUACGGCACGCUGGGCUGCCCACCCUUGAUCCCCCCAAACUCCACCGUCCUGUUUGAGAUUGAGCUGCUCGACUUCCUGGACUCGGCCGAGUCAGACAAGUUUUGCGCCCUCUCAGCUGAGCAACAAGACCAGUUCCCACUUCAGAAGGUCCUGAAAGUGGCAGCUACUGAGCGAGAGUUUGGCAACUACCUUUUCCGCCAGAAUCGCUUCUACGAUGCCAAAGUGAGAUACAAACAGGCCUUGCUGCUGCUCCACCGGCGAUCAGCACCCCAAGCAGAGCAGCACCUGGUGGAGGCCGCCAAGCUUCUUGUCCUUCUUAACUUGUCCUUCACGUACCUGAAGCUGGAGCGACCCACCAUGGCCCUGCGCUAUGGAGAGCAGGCUCUGAUCAUUGACCAGAAGAAUGCCAAGGCUCUCUUCAGGUGUGGACAGGCUUGUCUCCUCAUGACCGAGUAUCAGAAGGCCCGGGAUUUCCUGGUCCGCGCUCAGAUGGAGCAGCCCUUCAAUCAUGACAUCAAUAAGGAGCUGAAGAAGCUGGCCAGCUACUACAAGGACUACAUGGAUAAAGAGAAAGAAAUGUGCCACCGAAUGUUUGCCCCUGGUGAUAAAGACUCAACAGCUGGAGAAAAUGGAAGCACCCACACGGUUGUGGUGUAG